AUGAAUUCCAGUACAAAGAGUGACCCCGAGCUCCUUGAUAAAGCCAUAAGCAACAUUUUUGAAAUCUAUUCCUCACUAUCAUUUACACCGCCGCACUCGCAAUACACUGUCCUUGCGUCGUUCUUUCUAUUGCAUAGUCAAACCCAUAGAGUCAAGGUACUCAGUGUCGCGACUGGUACCAAAUGCCUUCCGGCAAACAAGCUCUCCGACAGGGGAGAGAUCGUUCACGACAGCCAUGCUGAAGUUCUAGCGCGUCGCAGUGCUCUGCGUUGGUUUUUCGACGAAAUUGCUCGCUGCUGCGUGGAUCCUUUAUCGCACUCAGAGUGGAUUCUCCAGAAUGCAGACGGCAGAUUUGCUCUGCGCGACGAUGUCCGCCUCAACCUCUACGUCUCAACCCUUCCCUGCGGCGAUUCCUCGACGCGAUUUUUGGCGUCCAUUCAAGACGGGGAGAUGGCAGCUCUCAAAGACUCUAUGAACUCACUAGAGUUGAGUGGUUCCGCGACUGCUCGGGGAAGAGACGGCUAUGGUCGACUAGGCGUGUUGCGCACAAAACCUGGUCGGGCCGACUCGCCUCCAACGCUCUGCAUGUCGUGCAGUGACAAAAUUGCAAUGUGGAACGUUUUGGGUAUACAGGGUGCGUUGGGCUCUCGUUUUCUGCAGCCAUUGCAUCUCUCCGCCAUCGUCGUUGGCGAGGUACCUUGCGAUAUGCAGGAAACAGUGAGGGAGGACUGCCACCGCGCAUUUAUUGGGCGGCUGGGUAACAUUCAAGAUCUUCCACAGGGUUACAGCCUUCAAAUGAUUGAAACUUACUUCACCGACCGCGUCUUCGUUCAUUCUCGGACAGCACUUGGUCCAGGAUCAAAGGGAUCUUGCAAUGAAUCGAUAUGGUGGAUACCCGAUUCUCAGUCAUCGUUUGAGGCCUUGAUCAACGGCCUUAAACGAGGCGUUUCUCCAAAACAUCGAUAUCGAGAAAAGUCAAGAUCUAUGGUCUCUCGCAUAGCAAUGCUUCAGUUUUACAACCAGCUACUUGCCCACCUGGCUUUGCCGCUGAAUGACGAGGGCACCAUGUAUUCGUCUAUAAAAGACGAAUCCAAGGCUUAUCAAACUGUGAAAAGGACGCUUUUAGGGGAAAGUGGACCUUUUUCCGGAUGGGUGAGAAGCGGAAAUCAUUGGAAGAACUUUAAUUUACGGGGAGAAAGCCAGUCUCUGGGCUUGGAUGUCACUUCAACAACAAAUUCAGCACAGAUACCAACAUCUAUAGUAACAUAA